GAACAGAUUAAUGCAAGGAGGGGAAGAGAAGAGGAGAAGACAAACAAAGGAUUGCUUGGUACUCGCUCACUGGAAUGGCAAUUUUAACUCAUCAGGUUACAGAACCAAUAACCCCAGCCACUUAGAAGAAGAAGAGGUGGAGCGUUAAUUUUCUGCUCCGGAAAACGGGAGAGGUUUGUGGUCUCUGCAAAUGGCAGAUCCAAAUCUGGAGUUGCAGGAAGCCGGUUGGGAGGAAUUGAGGAAAGAGGCCAGAAAGAUCGAAGGAGAUCUCGAUGCCAAGCUAUCUUCCUAUGCCAAGCUCGGCGCAAUGUUCACCCAAGGAGGUUAUGCAGACACUGGGUCCAGCAGAUCGUUUAAGUCAAUGGAAAUGGAGAUUCAAUCAUUACUAGAGAUGCUAGUUGAUACCAAUGAUGCCAUGAGUCGAUGUGCUGCAUCUACCAUGGCCACGACAUCAGUUACACAGAAGCUAGCAAGGCACAGAGACAUACUUCAUGAGUUUACACAGGAAUUCAGACGAAUCAAGGGAAACAUAAACUCUAUGAGGGAGCAUGCUGAGCUUCUCAGUUCUGUUCGUGAUGAUAUCAGUAAACACAAGAUUUCUGGGAGUAUGUCACCCAGAAUGCAUCUACUACGUGAGAGAGCUUCGAUACAUGGAAGUAUAGUUCUUAUUGAUGAUGUCAUAAAUCAAGCUCAAACUACAAGGACAGUCUUGGGCUCCCAGCGGUCUUUGCUAGGAAAUGUUCAAGGGAAAGUCAAACUACUGAGUGACAAGUUUCCAGUUAUCCGUGGCCUUCUUGGUGCCAUCAGAAGGAAGCGAUCUAAAGAUACCCUCAUCUUAUCUGGAGUCAUUGCAGCUUGCACAGUGUUCCUGAUUAUCUACUGGCUUUCAAAAUAGAAACAAAUAAAAGAUCAUGAUCCAUGUAAAUAGGAGGAGAUGAGAGUGCCACAUCAGGAGGACUUUUGCUACUACAUUUUGCUUGAAGCAAGAUGAACAGAUGUAAAUAUGUAAAAUCCUGGUAUCAAUAUAUUUUUAACACUUGAAUCAUCCAUGAAUUGUAUUGGCUAAACAGGGAUAAUAAGUUUGAGCAUUUCCAUUCUCUAAUCACAUCUAUACACAAUUUGUAUGUAGU